AUGUCAGCAAAUCAUGAAGAUUUAUCAACAAUAGUUGAAAAUGGACCUCAAUCAAGUCUUGAUAUAAUUGAAGAAAUAGAAUGUAAUGAUGAUGGAUCUUUAGAAGAAGUUUCAAAAAUAACAACUGAUACAAAUCGAUUUCGUAUAUUAUGUGAUAAUGUUCAAAAUUGUUUUUUUCAUAUGGAUAAUUCAAUGUUUGAAUUACUUGGAUUAAAAGAUAAACUUCUUCGUCAAUCUAUACCAUUAAAUGUAUCAUUACAUAUAACACUUGUUUUAUCACGAUUCUAUCGAGCUUAUUCUCAAACACAAAUACCUAUUUAUGAACUUAUUCGUCUUGUUCAAUUAUAUAGUGAAUCAUUUGAUAUGAAAUGUAUUCCAUUUAAACGAUUAUAUGAUAGUAAUGAAAUAAAUAAACGUCUACUUAAAAUAGCUUUUCAAAGAUUAACAUCAAUGGAAAAUAAUACAAAAAAAUAUGAAGAACAAAAAUCUAUUAAUAAUUGGGAAAAAAUGUAUAUUCAUCUUGUAUUACCACGAUCAAAUAUACGAAAAUGGAAAUUUCGUAUAAAAAUAUUUCGAGAAAAAGCCAAUCUUGGUUAUGAACAUGUCAUUGAAUGGCUUCAUCAAAAAAUACCACGAUCAUCAUCUGAAAUUUCAUCUAAUAGCCAAAUCAGCGAUGAUCAAAAUACAACAGAUGAAAUUUCUCAUAUACAAAAACUACCAACUGAUUACGGUUCCGAUGAUUAUGAAAUCGGUAGUAAUAAUAAUAAUAAUAAUAAUAAUGAAGACAAUCCUCUCAAUAAUACUAGCAACCAAGAGCUACAUCAAACUGAACAAAAACCUACAGUGACUACAAAUGAUAUUGAGAUUCAAGCACAACCUGAUUUAGAUGAUCAACAAACAUCAACUGAAGAUAUUCUAUCAACUAAAUCGCUUAUUAUGCGUAUCUAUCGACCUAUAGGAAUUUUAAAGACGAAAUUUCAAUGUAUUAUUUAUGCUCAUGGACAAAUAUAUAAAAGCAAUGUCUUUAAGUUUAAUAAAUCGAAUGUAUCAAUAAAUGAAAAUAAAAAAACUGUUAGUCGAACAAUAAAAUCAAUUAAUUCGAGAACUAUAAAACGUAGUGAAGUUUUAACAAUUCUAAAUGAUAAUGAUAUUAAUACAAUCGAUAGAGAACAAAAUGAUGAAAUUCUUAUUCCAAUGCCAAAUGUUUUUAAACGUCGUUCAUUAUUUCAAACUGCUAUUGAUCCAGAUGCUAUAAAAAUAGAUAUUUUCGGUGAUGAAAAAUUUUGCGGAUCAUUAAUUCUUUCAUCUGAAGAUUUACACAUGCUUAAUUUACCAAAUUUAUAUAAUUCAAUUUCAUCAUCUUUAAUAGCUAUUGAUGAUAAUGUAUCUAAAACUUCACUAGAAAAACAUCAAUUUAAUUUUGAUGAUAUAUCAAAUAAACUUUAUCAAUCAUGGAUUUCUCGUACACCGCAUUUAUUUUCAAUUUAUAAUAAUAAACAUGAAUCAAUUGGCAAAUUACCAUUAAUUAUGUUUUGGUAUAAUCAAAUUGAACAAACUCAUGCAACAAAAUGUACAAUGACAAUUCCAAUGGAAAUUGAGAAACCAAUAUCGAAAAUAAUUCCAAUUCAAGAAAAUGAAAUCAAUGAAGAAUUGAUUUCAUCAAUAAUUGAUGAAAAUAAUAAAUCAAUUGAUUUCGAACUAAUAAAUGAUCAUAUUGAAACUUUAAAACAAAGUUAUGAAAAUGAAAUAGCUAAACUUCAUGAAGACUAUCAAGCGGAAAUUUAUCGAUUAAUAAAUAUUCUUAAUGAAAUAUCAUCUAAACAAUCAAAUCAAAUGAUUGAAAUAUCACAAUCUAAUGAAAAUCAAGCUGAAAUGAUUCAACAAGAUCCAUUAAAUAUAAAUAUACGACAACGACUACGACAAAAUACAAGAAGUAAAGUUGUUAUGGAACAUCAACCAUCACCAGUUUAUGGCAAAGAUCUUCCGAAAAAUUUUCUUGAUCGUUAUCACAUGUACUUACAACGAAGUAUAACACAUCGUCAACAAUUAAUUGCUAAAGUUGAACAAGAAACUGCAUUAGCAAAUGAACGUCAAAUGGAAAUUCAACAUCGUUUACAUAAAUCGAAAGAAAAUAAUGAAUGUGAUGAUGAUUUAUGUUUACCUGCUGUUUUUAUGCCUUUUCGUUCGGGUAAUGUUUUUAACCCAAGAGCUUAUCAAUUUUUUCAUUCUAUUGGUUCAACUAAUCCUCGAUUAACUCAACCACCAUCGAUUUUAAAACUUCCAUCAGUUCCAUCAAGAUCUGCUUCUGUAUUAAAUCUAUUUGAAUUAAGUCAACGUUAUGAUAAUUCGAAUGAAAAAGAUCAUCUUAUUGAAAAAAAAAACUGA